AUGGACCUUACUGGAAUGGGACGUGGGGCAAACACAUCAAGUGCUUCACCUUUGCAGAGAUCAAGGGCUUUCAGAAGGUGAACCACUUUCCAGGCAGCUUUCACCUGGGGCGCAAGGACAAGCUGUGGCAGAACGUUGUACGGCUGGGGCGCAUCCGUGGUGACCGGGGACGCCCAUCGCUUCCCGACACGUUCCUCCUUCCCCAGGAGCUUCCCCUGUUGCGGGACGCCUGGAUUGCCGAGACUCCGGGGGACCACUGCUGGAUCAUCAAGCCCCCUGCUUCGGCAAGGGGUGCGGGUGUGCACGUAGUCCACCGCUGGGACCAGAUACCCAAGAAGCAGCCACUGGUAGUUCAGAGGUACGUGCGGACUCCAUACCUCAUAAACGGGACCAAGUUUGACCUGCGCCUGUACGCGCUGGUGACCAGCUUUGACCCCCUCAAGAUCUACCUGUUCCCAGACGGCCUGGUCCGCUUUGCUUCCAACAAAUACUCGCAGGAGAGUGAAGACCUGAGUGACCGGUACAUGCACCUGACCAACUACAGCAUCAACAAGAAAAGUGCCACCUACACAGCCGGAGGCAGCGGUGACUGCCAGGGCCACAAGUGGUACGGGCAUCUUCCUUUAUAA